AUGAAGGUCAAGUGGAUGCAUGUCCUUUGCAAAGAAGGCAUUGCGCAGGACUCGUUGUUCCUCAUCCACCAGGGUGCUGCUAGCGUCACGUGUCAGGGGCAAAGGGUUUCAGAGCUAAAGAGUGGUGACAUCUUCGGUGAACUGGUUGCCCUCGGCUUGUCGCCCAUGACGACGGCGACCAUCACAGCAACCGACACUUGCUUUGUGCAGGAGCUGCACUCGAAGAUCUUGCUCCCUGCCUUGGAGAAGUUCCCGGAAGAGAGGCAGAAGCUGAGGCAGCUGGCUGCGCUUCGCAUGGAGUGGAGGUAUGCCCUGCACGACCUGCAAAACUUUGAUUGGAUUCGAGGGGCUCCGGUGGGAUUUCCGGCGCUCCUGGAGCAGAUGCUGACGCGUUGGAUCUUCUUUCGUGGCGAUGAGAUCAUGGUGCAGGGCACCCCUGGAGACAGCUUGAUCAUGAUCUCUACCGGCUCCGUGGAGGUUCGUCACGACGACCGUGUGAUCCGGGAGCUAGGCGGGAUGAUUUUGACAGGCCCUUGA